CAGAAAGUGCUUGUUGAAUGAACAAUUAUCCAACACUCCAUCAAUUAAUUCUCUUGUUUGUUCUUAUUAUAUAGGAAAAGGAUUACCAUAUGAUUGUUUUCCCAGAUGGACGAACGAAGAUGGGAGGACUUACAAAUGGACUGCUUGGUCAAAGUGUUGGUGGAAGUUGGAAUGGAGUCACUGCUUUUGGAUGUCCCUUUUGUGUGCAAGUCAUGGUACAAGGCAACCCUCAACCCUUCAUGCUGGCAAUCUCUCAUUUCCCCGGACAACAAAUGUAUUGAAGUCUGGCCUUGGGAUGUGUCUGAAUGUCCGAAUUUUCAAAAUCUUAUGGACAGAUUUGCGAGUGAGUAUCAAAUUGAUGGGGAUCGUUGCUCUGUCACUGCUUUUCUAAAGUUUGUGAUCAAUCGGAGCAGCGGAAAUGCUACUGUGCUCAAGCUUCCCAAAUGCUGCACAGUAGAAGCCUUCGAAUUUGCUGCAAAUGUGUGUCCUGGCCUUGUGACUUUGAGUUUACCAGGAAAUGUAUUAGACAACAAACACACGAACCUAGAGCUGAUUGGCAAGUGGAAAAAUUUGGAGGUGUUAUCAUUGGGUUCAUGCUUAAAUUUAGCGAAAAUACUUGCAAUUAUACAAACACAUUGCAAGAAUUUUUAUGGUUUAGAUUUGUCCAAAGGCUUUGUUGAUGAACGUGAGGCAUUGUCAAUUGUGAAGUUGGUGCCUAAUAUCAAGUACUUAAAUUUGAAGGGUGCAAAAGUAAGUCGGGAUAGUCUUGUCACAUUGCUGUGCGGAUGCAAAGAUCUAGUGAUGUUCGACGCCAGAGAUUGUUCUGGUUUUGAUGAGAACGACGAUGAAUUAUCAAAGCUUGCGUCUCAUAUUAGUAAAUUUAUGUGCGAGGGUUCUGAAUUUCCUGAAUUUCUUCGUGGUAUGGACAAUUUUGUUCUUCCUGUUGAUGGAUUCUCAUUUCAACAGAAUGUGGAGGAGAAUUGGGAUGAAAUGCUCAACGAUUUGAGCAAUGCGUUCAAUGAUUUGAGCAACGAGGAAUGAAGAACUAUUUGAUUGUACUAA